AUGCUCAAGCUGAACACAACUCUGGAAGGUAUCCUGACGAACAGCAAAGGCGACUUUGCUUUGUGUGCUGAAGAUGCUGCACAAUUCCAAGAUGCGACAAUGGGCUGGCUUCUCUUGCAAAAAGAGCUGCAGGAUCAUUUCUCGGACAGCGAUGUGCCCUUGUUCAAUGUGACAGAAAAGAGCCAUUUUAUAGAGCAUGCUGCCCUCCUUGCCCGCUACAUCAAUCCUCGGAUGGUGUGGUGCUUCGCAGGGGAAGAUCAACAACGUCGGACCCAACAGCUGGCCGAGACGUGCAUGAAGGGCUUGGGCCCGGUGAAGGCCAGCCUCAAGAUGAUGUCGAGGUAUCGUCUCGCUUUGGCUCGGCUGUUCAGCAAGCACGGGCACGCCGAAGGAGCGGAGAAGCUCUCGCGCUCUUCGUCCGAGGAGUUCCGCAAUCUUGGCGACCUUCAGCUAAAGGCUCUGAACUUGGCGAGAACCUGGCUCUCCACGCUCUUCCCACACAUCGUCUCUCGGAUCCAUCGAGUCCAUUACGGCCUCUUGGACGAGGACUCCCCAAGCUUUGCAGCGGAGCCCCUCCCGCGACGGAGCCUGGCUGUGCCUUUCGUUGGCAAGGAUGCACCUUCCGAAACCUCACAGUUCAGCCAUCCCGACGUCCUGAUCGGGCUCACCUGGCUGGCCUUCCGCUUCGGUGGGCUCCGGCAAGGUGAUUUCAGGCGAGCUCUCCGAGCCUUGACGCGACUUCGCCGGGGCGAUGCCGACGACGCCAAAGCCCGUGAAGCAGCACGGCUUUACAACGUUUGGGUGCGCGAGGCCGGCGGUCACGUGCGAGGAUUGCUCGGCGGUGGGGCGCUGGAUGCCAAGGCCCGGCUGGCGUUCAAGCAGGGAUCCCCGGAAAGCUUCGACGGCCCCGAUCUCCGGGGGGAGAACAUUCUGGUGGAUCCCUCUGUGGUGGGCUUUGACCGCUUGGCCGUCCUGCGGCCCCAGAAACCUCGGCUUCCGUCGGAUGAACCGGACCAGCCCACCGCAUACUUCUUGCCGCCGGUUUUACCGAAGAAGGCGGUCGCCCAGCGCGAGCCUCCAGCUGACGGUAAGGGCCAUAAUGGUGCUCGGAACAAGGCCGCGGUCACCACGAAAGCCAAAGACGAGUCACCUAUGGAGGAUCAAUACUCUCUGACGCAUACGGACAGCAUGGAUCGGGUGGAUCCGAGUGAGGCGAAGGAUCGCCAGCUCUCGGCGCAGAGCGAACUGCUGCAGUUGCACCUGAAGGCUAUUGCAAAGCCACAGCAGCCUCAGUUGCAGCUCUCGCGAUCGCUGUUCCACUCCACGACCACGGAUAUGGGAAGCGAGGAUGGCGGCAUCCAUUUAGAGGCAUCUGAAGCCUUCCGCAGGCUACUGGAAAGUCUGUUGCAGCAGCACGUGCGGGAGCUGAACGACCUUGCCUCGAUCGGUGCAGCCGGCACCCGCAGUAGGACCACGGAGCCCAAGCUCAAGUCCAAUCCGACGUCUCCGAACUCCGUCUUCAGCCGCGUGACGAAAGAAAUGGACAAAUGCGUCUCGGACAACGUGGAUUCCAUUUUGGCUUCGACUGGACUCCGCCUGUUUCAGGCCAGAAACAUUCUGGACGUCCUGGAUGGUGACCAGCAGGAGCUGUUUGAAAAGCCGAAGGGUCACCGCCUCUCACGGAAAAGCUCGGACUUUCUGCCAGAGCUCUUUGAGGACUCGGAGGAGCAGACAACUAACUCGUACAAGGAUCUCUCGGCUGCAGGGUCUGAUCACAGGUCAAGUUGGGUAUCGAGUUCAGGGUUUCUGGGUUUGUUUAUGGUUUUGUAA